CGGCUGCCAUUCCCCGUCUGCGCGGCCGCCUCCUCCCCCUCCGCCUCUUCCUGGCCGCGGCGACAGGAGCUGUGCUGGCAGCGGGGAGGCGGCGGCGGCGGCGCCCAGCUCCCUGCCCGCCAUGGCGAUCCGCAAGAAAAGCAACAAGAACCCGCCGGUGCUGAGCCACGAGUUCAUCGUGCAGAACCAUGCGGACAUCGUGUCCUGCAUGGCCAUGAUCUUCCUCUUGGGGCUCAUGUUCGAGAAGAGCAAUCUGCAGAAACAAUCUCUCUCUAUCACUAUGGCAUCAAAGACUUGGCUACAAUUUUCUUUUACAUGCUUGUAGCAAUAAUCAUACAUGCUAUAAUUCAGGAGUACAUACUGGAUAAAAUUAACAGGAAAAUGCACUUUUCAAAAACAAAGCAUAGCAAGUUCAAUGAGUCUGGGCAGCUUAGUGCAUUCUACCUUUUCUCCUGUGUUUGGGGAACAAGUAUUCUUGUUUCUGAGAACUAUAUAUCAGAUCCAACCUCUCUGUGGAGGGAUUAUCCGCACACUCUGAUUCCGUUUCAAAUGAAGUUUUUCUACAUCUUACAGUUGGCAUACUGGUUUCAUGCUUUUCCUGAAUUAUACUUCCAGAAAACUAAAAAAGAAGACAUCUUUCGACAGAUUGUCUACAUUGGACUUUAUCUCUUUCAUAUUGCUGGAGCCUAUCUCCUAAAUCUGACCCAUCUUGGACUGGUUCUUCUGGUAUUACAUUACUUUGUUGAAUUUCUUUUCCACAUAUCCCGUCUUUUCUACUUCAGUGAUGAAAGAUACCAGAAAGGAUUUUCACUGUGGGCAGUUCUUUUUGUUCUGGGAAGGCUUCUCACCUUGAUUCUUUCAGUUCUCACUUUUGGCUUUGGACUGGCAAGAGCAGAAGAUCAGCAGUUGAAUUUCAGUACUGGAAACUUCAAUAUCCUGGCUGUUAGAAUCAGUGUGCUGGCCUCUAUUUGCAUGGCUCAGGCAUUUAUGAUGUGGAAGUUCAUUAAUUUCCAGCUUCGGAGAUGGAGAGAGCAUUCUUCUUCUCAGCCUCAGUCAGUGAAAAAGAAGUUCAUAACAGCUAAAGGAAAGAACUCCAGAAAAGAAAGAGAAAAUGGAAUAAAUGGAACAGUAACCUCAAAUGGAGCAGACUCUCCUCGUAGCAGGAAGGAUAAAUCCUCGUAAAACUGGGUUUUAUUAAGUUAAUUGACUAAUGGCCCCAAAGAAUCUGCUUUUUACACGGAUGGCCCUUCAGCACUAGAGAUGUUAUGGAUUAAAGAAAAUACAAUUCAUGUUUUUUGAUUGUUGCUGUUGUUUUGAGAAACUUUUUUUAAAAGCCAUUUUGACUAAGGAAAAAGGUUAUCUCUCUUAAAAUACUUGGGGGGGGGAGGGAGGGAUACAACACUUUUUAAAUAACAUUGACACUUUUUUAAACAUUUAUUGUGGUGAAAUAACUUCACUUAAUGUGGAUCACUGUUGCAAUGUAUUCUUUCCUUCCAGUUUUUGUAAUUUUGGUGAUAUAUACUGUUCUACCAACUUCACAUUUUCUGAGUUCUUCAAGAAGUGUUGCAAAAUUGAAGUAAAAACUUAGAUUGCAUUUUCAGGUUCUCUGGCUUUUCAGUUAAUUGCCUUGAUUCAAAUUUACAGUUCCAAUUGGGAUUCCAAGACCACACCAAUAAACCUCUUUAUUUUGUAGUUUCUAGCUACAGUGUCUGCUCUUAAGAAUUGCCCCAUACCAUUAAAACAAAACUGAACUAAUUGGAAAUGUUGCAGAGUUUUAUUGCUUGUUGGUUAGAAAUCUCUUACAUGUAGCAAAAAACCUGAGAGAUAGCAUUAGCAAUUGAAAAUUAGAAGGGAGCACAUAUGAUCAUAGAGUUGAUUUGAGUAGCACUGUUAAAUUCUGUCUGUGCUUUUAAAGUGUAUGUAUCUUGGAGAAUUAGUGUGCAUUGGACCUUCUUUGAAAACUUGUCUGUCUGAUUUUAGAGGAUGGAGAUUCUGACAAUGUCUUGUGGUUGUUGUGGGAGGUACUUAAUGCUCCAUGAAGAGGGAAUGUGUUAGAUAAAUGGAUCAAGUUAUGAGAAACAUUCCUUUAUUUUAACUGCUUUGCUUUGUUUCGUUUGUUAGGAAAUAGUUUGAGUUCUCCUAUAUAUAUUUUUAUGGGAAAAUAUUUAAAAGCUACAACUUCUUAAAAUUGAUUUAUUGUGUCCUUUGCUACAACUGGAAAAUCUUAAGAUUUUUUUUUCCAUUAUCUGUCUCUCAUAACUGUAUUAAAUGUGAAGCUUUGUCUAGUUAAUUUUCCAGUUUAAUAUGCAGUCAGUGUUUCCUCUGUACCCAUUGGUAAUGGGUAUAAUUCAACCCAUUUCUUGAGAGAAUGAGUUAGAGAUUUAAUUGAGUCUUAAGAAGAAGUUGCUAAAUUAGUCUUUCAAGUUCACCUAAGUACUGGACUGCUUAUUGAUUGAGAAGAGUAAUGAGCAAUCAAGCAGCUAAAAUAGUUUUAAUUAAAAACUGUUAAUAUAGUUGAGUUUAUAGCCAACAAAAUAAUAAAUCUGCAUUCUGUAUCUGCUGCAGUUUGAUUGCUUACUGUACAGAAUAAACGUUUCUAGUACAAAAUCUUGGCUGCAAGUAACUAUCCAUUCUUCAAUCAUUUAGUGCUAUUUAGAAUUAUUACAGUAUAAUUUCUGACAUGUUUCAUCUUAUUUCAGUCUCAGUUCCUGUGUACUUUCUUCACAGCUCUUGAAAGGGACUUUAUAGACUUGGAUUUGAUUAACUUGAGUACUCAGGGGCAGCAUGCCCUGUAGUAUGCCCAGUCUGUUUCAGUGGAAGUAGUUAUACCUUGUCUUGAUUUAAAGAAAUAAAUCUCAAGUCAUGAAACUAUGAAUCUCAUCUGAUCUGGCCAUGAAACUGGAAAAUUUGAACUCAGAAACUUUGAGGGAAUUGCAUACAGUAAAUACUCACUGCACAAAGUCAUGUUCCAUCUCUGUUUAAAACUACCUUGAUAGAUUCUGUGUGCCUUCCUCUGGAGUUGUACCUUAAGCUAAAAGUGGUAAAGUUUCUAGACUGAUACUUUGACACUAAAAUAGUUUGCUUGUGGUAAUUGGUUGUCCUGGGGCUGUUAAAACCAUAGAGGGUGGAGGAAAAAAGAAGGGGGUAUUCAAGGUACUUCUUGAGGUUUCUAAGACUGAGGGUUGUAAUAGUUGUUUCCCUAAAGCAAACUAUUUCCUGUAAACCUCAUUCUUCGGUACAGUAGUCUUGAAAUGUAAACAUUAGGUUCACUUCCAAAAAACCUUAAAAGAUUAUAUUCUUGCCUGUUAAUUCUGAUAAUGCUUUUUGUCUCCUUUUGGCCUCAUGGACACUCUUAGCCUUUGGCCUUUGAAAAAGGCACUUUUGUUUCCACAAUGGCUUACCAUUCAUCUUUGCCUUAGAGGAGCUGUUGCUUACUGCAAAGUAAUUGAGAAUAAUUUCAGUUGUUUUAGAAUUUGGAGAGGGAAAGUGAGUUUCUUUUGUCUCUUCUGUAGAAAUACGUAUUUAUCGUUUUGGAUGAGGCAAAAGCAAUAAUUUUUAAUUUUAUACCAUGGGAUGGCAACCCCUGUGAAUUCAGAAGAUUUUUAGACUUCUAUUUCCAAUUGAUAUUACUUGUUUUGGCAUACGAUUACUGUUCACCUGGAUAACUAUUUUUUAAUUGCUUAAAAUAUUUUCAAAUGUUGCUGCAUUUUGGCCCUUGUUUCUUAUCUGGGAUUUGGUAAGCUGGAAGAAGAUUAGUUUAAUCAUAUUUUCUUAAUUGUGGAAUCAGGAAAAUUUGAAAUGGAUGUGACUGAAGAGACCAUUAUUAUUUUCCUAUGCCUAGUAAUAUUUGCUUAGGCUGUAGUAAUUUAUCCUGGUGAAUUACAAGGUCCCACAAAAAAAAAGCAUGUAAAUGGGUUUGAAUUGAGUAAUUCAUAGAGACUGGAUAGGAUUUUUGGUGGUUUGUUUUUGUAUUUUUUCUUAAAUCCCAUCCUCCUUGCCCCAUCUUGUCAGAACUUUUCAAGACUUAAAACAGAUGAUUUCAUGAUGACCCCAGAAAAAUGGUUUAUGUGCCAGAAUCUCCUGUUAAAAUCAGUGUUUUACUAAUUAAUUAUUUGUAACUUUAAAGUACAAACAAGGAAUGCAGAACAUCUGAAAUUAAUUUUCAGAGUUCUUGUUUUUUAUCUGGAAACUUUCUUCUCUUGACUAGAGGCAAAGGUUGAUUUUCUCCUAUGUGAAUCAUUCUUGAAUAUAGAUAGGUCUUUGGAAAUACUGCUUUUCAGGUGAGCCCAUGCCCAAGCUUAGGAAUGAUCAAGGGAUUUGAUGUGCAGAGAGAAACUCCAUAGGCUGUUUCAGCACACAUUAGAAUAUGCUGAAAGUAUGUUGGGAUAACUUAUUUGGAAAAUAAGUAGUUAUUGGUAAGCACUUGAUAAUUUUUUCAAAACACUUUUUUCUUUGAAAAUAUUAUUUGUGUUUACAGAGUUAUAUUGCCCAGAAUUGUAAUAAUCAGCGUGGUAUUUUGGUACAGGUAAUUGGACUUCAGUAAAAAGGGUUAAUACAGAACUGAGGUCCUUCUGCCCUUUGCAGAUUUAUAGCUAACUGCAUGUGAGAUGAUUUUAUUCUGGGGAAGAACGUGGUAUUAAAGGGAUGGGAGGAAUAUUUUCAUGGUCAUCCUAAGCUGAAAGUACUGUAAGGUGCUGCCAGAAUUGAGGCUCUGUCCCUUGCCUCAUCUAGCACAAGACCUUCUGUUUUCAUGGUGAACUAGAUGUGGUACAACUAAAAACUGGCUUGUUUGUUUAGUUGCUUUUCUGCUGAACUAGUAACCUGAUAGUAAUCUUGGAGGUACUCAAUUAUUUUUAUAUAAGCAAGAAGAAAAGAUGCAGGGAAAAGGUGAAUUGAACUCCAAGGCCACCACUUCCUGCAGCGCAUUUCACUGAAAAUUACCCAGGAUUCUGGUAUGAGUUGGGAGAUUUCACUGAAAGACUUUGUCUUCAAUACCAGAAGGAAGCUGCUCUCUGUGGUAGCUCCUACAUGCCAGACUAUUUAAGUGCUAAUGGAUUUUUGUCAGAUACUGUUAGUGAAGGGGAGGUACUCGGUAUGCUGGACUGUGUGUUUUAUUUGUUACAGUUUCAGGGUUUCUGAGCUGUGCAAGUUGAUAUUGGUGGUGUAGAAUUAGGAAGUCUGAAAAUGUAGUUUCUCUUGGAUCAAAAAGUGAAGAUUACUUCCCUUAGUAGCCAGGAAACUACAGCUUUUUUUGUGUAGUAUUUUUUUUUUUCUUUCUCCACAUGAACCAUUUAGGUAUUGAAGCAGGCUGUCCAGAGAGCUUUGCAAGAAUUGCUCUGUACGCCUGUAUGGGGAGGGUUGUUCAGUUUCUCUGCUUUUGUUUUCUUGUUUUCAGGAUGUUCACCAGCUGAUUCCUAGGUCAUCCUUUGGUUUGGUUCCAUUUGUGACUCAGCCCUUUGGACCUGUGUUGUAGAAGAUGGAGACUGGCAGUUUCAAUAUGCUCCCUAUGCAGUGUUGGUCAUUGCUGUCUUAAUUGGUCUCUAUGGAAGAUGUCUGUAGUGAAGGGAUUUGAUCACCAAGUCGAGAGAGUCGUGAUAUUUGUAACAUUUACAGGCCAAUGGGAGCCUGCAUACAGAGAUACUGCAUUGCAGGAGGCUGGGCUUUAAUGCCUGGAGGCUGCAAUAAGAGUCAUCUCAGUAUGUAAAUACUUGGGUUACUUCUUGCUCAAGCUGUAAGAAUGUCCUACUAAAUUCAGACUAGGGGAAAAUUCAGGUGCUUUCAAAAUAAGAAGGCUCUGAAGGACUGACAUCAGUUAUCAUCUGUUCAUCAGAUUUGAGGUUUUCACAUUGUUAAUUGUGGAUUAUCGUUGCAGUGCUGAAUUAGCCAAUGCUUUUUUUUUUUAUAUAUACUGUAGGUUGUUCUGGAUGUCUGGUAGAUCUGCCCUCUUCUCAUUACUCCCUAGAUAGGUUCUGAACACUAAAGAAUUUGGCCAGUUCUUCAGAACUAGAAUAGCUGUGCUGGAGUGUUUCUGGAUCAGACGUGUAAGAAAUAAGUGCAUAAAUAUGGCAGGUGUCAUCAGAACCUGUUUUUAAUAGACACUGGAAAUCUUUAGGAUUAACACAUUAUAACACAUUGUGUAUUGCAGUGUAGUGAGUGUUUGGAUAUAGCUCAUGUCCAGAUACCAAGUGCCUUUCUGUUGGUGAGACAGAACUGCAUCUACAACAUUGCUUCCCCUUCUGUGACUGAUGGGUGAGAAGAGCUGGGCUGUAGCUGCAGGAGUCAUCUUUCUGCCUUUUAGAGAAGUUCUUUUGAUGUUGACAAAAGACAGCAACUCUUAUUCCAGGUUUAAAAA